ACAAAUUUGUAUCAUUUCGUCUGAUCUCUAAGCCUAGCUGCAAAAAUGAAACUUUUCAUCACAUUGUCCGCCCUGUUGGCCGUUGCCUUUGCCAUCGAGUACAAGCACGACUACCAUACCGUGGAGCACAAGCACAUCCCGAUUGUCCACAGCGAGUCCUUCCACGGACAUGACGGUAGCUUCAAGCACGGAUACCAGUCGGGCAACGGCAUCCAGGUCCAGGAACAGGGCUACGUCAAGAACGGAGGAGCCAAGGAGGGUGAGACCAACGUCGUCCAUGGAUCGUACUCGUACGUCGACCCCCAUGGUCAGCAAGUCUCGGUGAGCUACACCGCCGAUGAGAACGGUUUCCACGCCAGCGGAUCGCACAUCCCGACCCCACCCCCGCUACCCAAGGCUCUGGUCGAUGCUUACGCCAAAGCCGGAAGUCAUCCGGAGAGCCGCACCCACCACGAGGAAGUGCCCCAGCCGCACUACCACAGCAGCAAGCCAGAGCACUACAAGCACUUCUAAGCGGUCACCAAGUAGCCACACCCCCUCCAAACUCCCAGCACAGCCCCAACAUCCCAAUCCUUGGAGUCACGUGUUCACACGUUGAGCCAGGAAUGUUACCCCAUGGAGCGUCGCAUGGGAGGAGUGCUCCGGAGUUCCAAAGAAAAUGACUGCACCGCCCAAGACAGCAGUCUUUCACAGACGUACUCAAUGUGAUUUCUUCUCGGGCGGCCUGCAGAAC